CUUUCAUUAAACCGUGGAACAGGAACGGUGGUGGCUUUCUGAUAAAAAGCUUCAAAUGGGUUGUGGAGGCGUGUAUAAAUCCAACACAGUAGCAGCAUUCCAUUAAGCAAUAAAAAUAAGAAAUUACAAAGGGAGAAUAACUGCAUAUUUAGAGUAGUGGAUUCGUGUUUGUUUGUUUAUCGUGCAGUAACCCUAACAACUACUCGUACGACAUCUCUACGAUUUAGCAGGUAAAAGAAAAGGUCGCCAUGAAGGACAUAGAGAUAAAGGGCAUGGUCUCGGCCCACUGCAUCAUCGCUUUGUCCAUCGUCAUGGCAACGAUUGUUCCUGCAGUGCUGCUGGAUGACUUCUCUGUGUAUGGCACUCACCUGGUGUGGCUGUAUAUCUGCACUGCGGGAGUGGCUGCUGUCAACAUAGCUGUCUACACACUGCUGGGGGUCAGCCCUCCAGCCAAGAAGAAUACACUGAGUCACAAGGUGGCUAAAGUCUCCAAAUCUUGUCUGUAUUUUAUGUUUUCCUGCCUGCUUUUCCACGGGAUUGUUGUCUUGUAUGGAGCCCCGUUGCUUGAGUCGGCUUCGGAGACAUUUUCCUUUGCUGUUUUGCUGUCCACCUUCACAACUCUGCGCUGCCUGUGUAUACUGGGUCCCAACGUUCAGGCUUGGAUUCGGGUGUUCAGCAGAAAUGGGGCAAUGUCGAUCUGGGAUACCAGUCUACAGAUCACCACAGCCAGCAGUGUAACUGGAGCCUGGCUGGGAGCAUUUCCAAUCCCCCUGGACUGGGAGCGACCCUGGCAGGUCUGGCCUAUUUCUUGUACGCUCGGAGCAACUCUUGGCUUUGUGGCCGGACUCUUCAUCGCUCCGCUUUGGAUACAUUGGCACAGGAAGCAGCUGACGUACAAAAGCAAGUAAACACGGCAAGGAGGCGGCUGAUCAGAGAUGCUGGGGGUCCCAAUACCUGCAGCCCGGGCCACGUUGCUGUCUGAUUUUAAGAGUGCGAAGCCAAGUGAUCGUGUUCGUCAGUCCUUCCUCUCCACAGUAGCAGCAAUGGACCAAACACAACCUACUGUUUUAGUUUUACAAGCAGCACAGCAUUCUGGAGGUUAUCAUUUGUAGCAGUGCCUUGGUGACGAUAAAGCGGUUUUAUUAUUUAUAGUGAAAGCAAGUCCCUACCGGUCAAUAGGAUCGGUUUCAAUUCCAGUAAUGCGGAUGGCUUGCCUACAUACAUAACUUGCUUGUGUCUGCUUUACUGGAAAUAAAAACAGAGCCUGUGGUGUACUCGGAGAGGAAAUAAAUGUCGUAUGUAUUAACCCUA